AUGGAGAUUUCUUUUUUAUCUGUCCCCCUUUUUCAGGAACUUGCAGAGAGAAGGUUGAAGAAAGCUUGUAAGCGUGUGCUAAAAAAUGAGAAAUGGAAAAGAAACCGACUAAAGUCUUGGACGAUGGUGGGUCGAGUGGGGAUGGGUUUAUGUGCUACUAUCUUAUCUAGCAUAUCUAUAACCGUCAUCUGUAUUCAUUCAAAUCAGGUAAAGCAGGUUAAAGGUCGGAAUGCCUACGCCACUAAAAAUAACUCGGCUCUAGAAGAGUUCCUUCCCCUUUUGGAUGGACCAACCCAAAGCCUAGAAGGCCCCCAGAUCAAGGGACUACUUGCCCGAGGAGCCUUAAAGGCCCAAUCAUCAGGAGCCCACUACACUCAUGCGACAGCACGAACGCCCAGGAUCCCAAGUGGUACGUUCAGUCGUAGUACUCGUGAACCAAAAUAUCAGAUUGAAUUUCAUUCAGAAGACUCUCCUUUUCAUCCUGAUGAUGAUCAGGAAUCAAUGGUUAUGCCCAAAAAUAACGGUGAGAAUUACUUAUGCUUCUUGCCUAAGGUGGAGAAAGCUAAAAGUGAAAAGCCACGUUCUCAGCUGAAUAUAAGCAGCAUGAUUGUGGAAACUGAGAGACGGGUUAAAUUGAAGACGCCAGAUGAGCUGCUUGAAGUACUGAAAGGCUCAUGCUUUGUCAGACAAGAGGGUUGGUGGUCUUAUGAGUUAUGUUAUCAGAAGAAGUUGAGGCAAUUCCAUGUGAUGGAGGACGAAAAGGAAAAGGUCGUCCAGGAAUUUAUCUUGGGUGUGUAUGAUGAAGAAGCCACGGCUGCGUUCAACCAGAAUCUUUCUGACAUUUCUACAUUGAAAGAUCCUAGCUCAAAAGAUGCAUCUCAAAGGUAUCAUUCUCAUCAGUAUACAAAUGGAACUAUAUGCGAUCUUACAAAUGAGCCUCGAGAAACUGAGGUGAGAUUCGUAUGCUCAGAGCCCAGAGCUAUGAUUAAUUCUAUCACUGAGUUAUCCACUUGCAAGUAUGCACUUACAGUACACGCUCCAAUGCUUUGCAAGCACCCAUUGUUUCAAGAAGAGAGACCUGUGUUGCACACCAUUAAUUGCAAUCCACUUCCGAAGGAUUACAAGGAAGCUAAGCCAGACAAAAUCGAAACCAACGAUAAGCAGAUUCUUAUGGUACCUGACAUUGAUUCAUCUAAUCAUGAUUCAGAUGAAUAA